UCACAAAACUGUUUGCAUACCAAUCUCCCCUCAACACUGCGUGCUUGUCCAAACUGGGACCGCAGAUCUCGGAGCGGUGGAUUUUAUGAGUUGGACGCUGCUGGGCACAAUUCACCCCCUUGGACAUCCCAGCUGACCGGCGUUUUUAUUUGUUUUAUUUGAAAAUACUUACCUCCAGCGGUCCCCGGGCUUCUCAAAUCGGCUGUUUUGGUGACAUUUUCGCAGGGAAACAUCAGAGGGGUUUCGGUACUGAGCUGCGCUUUGAGCCCAUGAAAACAGGAGAGGAGAGAGAACCGAGAGGAGUCAUCAGCUUCACCUGAACAAAGAAGAGGCAGACGCAGAUACACAUGGGGCAGGGAGAGGCUUCAGCACGGGGGACAACCAUGGAGGGGGACUGUCUCAGCUGCAUCAAGUACCUCAUGUUUGUCUUCAAUUUCCUCAUCUUUCUGGGGGGCUCUUUCCUCCUGGGAGUGGGAGUGUGGGUACUGGUGGACCCCACAGGGUUCAGGGAAAUAGUGGCAGCCAACCCCCUACUAUUCACUGGUGUCUACAUCAUCCUGGGCAUGGGAGGCAUGCUCUUUCUUCUGGGCUUCCUCGGCUGCUGUGGAGCCAUCCGCGAAAACAAGUGUCUGCUACUCUUUUUCUUCAUGCUCAUCCUCCUCAUCUUCUUAGCAGAGCUGGCUGCUGCCAUCCUGGCCUUCAUAUUCCGGGAACAUCUGACCAGAGAGUACUUCACCAAGGAGCUGAAGAGACAUUAUCAGGGCUACAACAACACUGACGUCUUCACCUCCACAUGGAAUGCCAUCAUGACUACAUUUGACUGCUGUGGGGUGAACAGCCCAGAGGAUUUUAAGGACAGCCUGUUCAGGCAGAUCAACAAAAAUCAUAUGGUGCCAGAAGCCUGCUGCAAGCGUGCCAGUCAGACCGGGGAGUUGGCCUCUAUCACCCAGGAGCAGUGCUUAUCAGGCAAUAUGAUGUUCCGCAUUAACAAGGGCUGUUACUCUGCAGUAGUUGACUACUUUGAACUGUACAUCUACGUGGCUGGAGCGCUGGCCAUUGUGGUGCUGACCAUUGAGCUCUUUGCCAUGGUCUUUGCGAUGUGUCUCUUCAGGGGAAUCCAGUAGAGCUGCUCCAUCUGUGAACUUCUUUUUUU